GGAUGCAUCAUAACCUCAAAAGGUCAUUUGUUUUGAUGCUAAAAUUAUAUUUUAUUGAGUGAUUUUAUUAAAAACAAAAAAGGCUAAUUGUAAGGGAAAAAUGGAUCUUCUGGGAUCUAUUCUGGCUGGCAUGGAUCAACCUCCGUGUGUUAAUAGCAAGGAUAAGGAGAUUUUGAAGCAACAAAAAGAACAAGAGGAAAAACUCUUGAUUCAAUCCAAGAAUGAACUAAAUAAAUUCCGCAAAUACGUUGAGGAGAGAAUUGAGAGAUUCAUAAAGGACAACAGGAAGUUUAUUCAGUUCCCAAGUGCAGAUAAAGUCUACAGGAGUAUUGUGCAUGACGUCGUUGAAAUAGCUGGCUUAAUUGCCAUGAGCUUCGGUCAGGAAGGCAUAGAUCGCUAUAUUGUUGUGUACAAGCGGGAGUACUCUCCGUGUGAGGAUGAGAUUGCAGCCCGCAGGAAUGGUGAGGAGUGGAAUGACACAGUUGCGGAAAAAUAUAGAAAACAACGAGAAGAACAAGCUGGGGAAGAGAAGGCAAAUGCAAAAGAAAGCGAGUCGUCCAUACCAAAAUGCAACUACAAGGAAAAGUAUGUCCAUCUUAUUGGCGAGAAAGCUGCUCUUGAAGCUGCAAAAAAGACAGAAACAAACAAGAAUUACGGAUUUGUUCCGAGUGCAAAUAAGAAGGAUUUGAGAUCAAUAGAGCAGACCCUGCUGGACAUCCAGGCAAAGAAAAGACUGAAGACAAGUCAUCAGCCAUAUGCAGAAGAUGACAAGUGAAGAAGUUUUCCCGAGUAAUCCCAUCAUAUUACCAUAAAUAAAACAAUGCACAAACAUUUAAGUAGGA